CAUUAAUUUCAGGAAAGAUUAAUCCUUAUGCCAUUCUCUAACUUGUUGCUGAAUGAGCUUUCCACUUGGCCACCAAUGACAUCACCUUUUGUACUAGGUGGCUGUUAAAUAGGCAAGUGAAGAUGUUGGUGCUUAACUGUUCCACAAAACUGCAGACUCUAGAACAAAUGUUAAGGAAGAAUUUUCCUGAAUCCCUCAAGGUUUAUGGAGCAGUGUUAAAUAUAAAUAGGGGAAAUCCAUUCAAAAAGGAAGUGGUUGUGGAUUCAUGGCCAGAAUUUAAAGCUGUGAUUACUCGCCGACAAAAAGAGGCCAAAAGUGAUGCCCUAGACUACUUUACAAAUGCCUGUGCUGUUUUCUACAAAAAUCUGCAAGCUUACCAGGCAUUGCUGGAGAACCCAGAAACUAUAAACUGGGAGCAAGCCUUCCAGAUACAAGGUUUACAGGACGGCUUAUACAAAAUUUCCAAGAUUGUUGCUGAUGCCAAGCAUGUAAAGGUGAAGCUGUCUUCUUUCAAAAUGGUAAUCUACCCAGACCCAGAUGCACUUCCAGAUGUCCAGCUUCUGUUAGUUCCUGCAUUGAAACUGACUUCUCUUGAUGCGUCUCAUGCAAGUCUGCUGAAUAACACCUGGUCCAGAGGAGGCAGUGACCAAUGUCAGAAAUACCUCAUCAACCUCAUUUGCUGUUUCCCCAGCAUAUGCAUUUUGGAUGAACAUAGAUGCCCCAUCUCCUGGGGUCUGACAGACCAGUUUGCUACUAUGAUCCAUGGCUAUACAUUGCCCGAGCAUCGUAGGAAAGGGUACAACCGUCUCAUUGCAACUAUUCUAGCUAAGAUGUUACACAGCAAGGGGUUUCCAGCUCAAGGAAAUGUUUUGGAGGAUAACCUUGCAUCAUUAACUCUGCUAAAAAGCAUGAAUGCCAUAUUCUUACCUUGUCAGUUUGUCAGACUUAUCCACACCCCUUUUUGCCUUUUAGCUAAACCUGAGUGACCUGGUGGAUUUUUAAAAAAAUCUAUGAUGGUUGGAAAAUGUAGCUACCUAAUUUGGGGAAUCAAACCUUGUAUUUGAUGUUAUACAUUUCUGAACAUGUUACGAUAUAUUUAGACAAACCUUGAAGUCCAUUUAUGAAAUGGCAAUGCUAUUCCACCUUAAAGUUAAUACAACUUUUAAAGGAACAACAGUUGUUUUCAACUGUAGACAGACGCCUGAUAAGAGAUCUGACUGCUUUAACAAAUAAUAGGGUAGUGUCAGUGGUGGGACUCAAAUAUGUGAAGAAUCAGUUCUGUGUGUGGGGAUGCUGUUUCCAGAAGUCCAUUCUGGGCUUAGGCAACAAAAAAUUAGCUACCUGUUCUGCCGAAGUGGUGCAAACUGGCUGAAUCCCACCACGGGGUAGUGCUGUCCUCAUGCUUGAUUGGAAGCACUUAUGGAUAAUUGUUUUCAUAGAAUGCAAAGACUUUUUAAAUUUACCAACUCAAAUCAUUUAAUCUUUUCCAUAUUACUACCCUGAAAUACCAGUAGAUGUGAUGAAUAUAGUAAGGAGAGAGGGAGGUGCAUUUUAGAAGAGUAAAAGGCAAUUCAAUUCAGAUUUUAUGUGUGUGAGAAAUAGGGUGAAGAAAGCUUUUCCCUUUGCAGAGUAUAUUCUUUAGUAGUAGAGUGCUCAGUCUGGUAAGAUUUUGUGUAGAUUUUUACAAUUCAGGUUUUAAACAACAUAUGAAACCUAAAUAAUAUAGAGACCCAGUUUGGUCUAGCGAUCAAGGUACUAGGCUAGAAAGCUGGAUAUCAUGAGUUCAAGUUUCAUCUUAGCCCUGAAUACCACAUGGGUGACUUGGGCCAGUCACACACUCUCAGGCAAACUACCUCACAGGGUUGUUGUAGGAAAAUAGGAGGAAGAUGUGUUAGAUAUGUUCACCACCUUGGGUUGUUUGUAAAAAUAAUAAAGAUGGAAGACAAAUAAAUAAAAAAUAAAUGUGGAAUUCUGUUGUUAGAUUUUGCCUCUCUGUCAAAAUAAAAUCAUUUCAAAGGCU